UAAAUGAGUAUACUUGAUGCUUAGCCACGACUUUGUGUUUUUCUUUAAGGGACAAGUUUUUUGUUUUUUUUCUUAAUACAAACUGUCGUGUUGAGGGUUGACUUUCAGCAGAUCGCAGCAAGGGAGCUGCUCUAUAAUCUGACCUAAAGGGACAAGAUUUUUUUGUCAUUUAAUUAACAUCAUAGCCACUAGAUGCCAGUAGUAUCCUCAAGUGUGACAAUCACAAAUGUCUCCAGACUUUCCAAAUAUCCCCUCAGGGGCAGAGUUGCCCCCAGUUGAGAACCACUGAUCUUACCAAAGGCAAAAGGAAGGCUUAUUAUCAAGACCUCCACGUGCUCUUGGAAACUUCACUAAAUUAUUAGUAACUACCCUUCUGAUAACUUGAGAAAUGUGUCAGAAUCUCAGAGAAGAAGGAUGUACAGCUUGCAAAAAAUGGAUUUUGUGUUAGAAGACAUGGAUCUUGCUGCUAAUGAGCUCAGCAUUUAUGACAAACUUUCAGAGACUGUUGAUUUGGUAAGACAGACGGGCCAUCAGUGUGGCAUGUCAGAGAAAGCAAUUGAAAAAUUUAUCAGACAGCUGCUGGAAAAGAAUGAACCUCAGAGGGGGCCACCCCAGUAUCCCCUCCUUCUAGCUGUGUACAAGGUCCUCGUAACCCUGGGAUUAAUCUUGCUCACUGCCUACUUUGUGAUUCAACCUUUCAGCCCAUUACCACCUGAACCAGUGCUUUCUGGAGCUCAUACCUGGCGCUCACUCAUCCAUCACAUCCGGCUGAUGUCUUUGCCCAUUACCAAGAAGUAUAUGCCAGAAAAUAAGGGAGUUCCUCUGCAUGGGGGUGAUGCAGACAGACCCUUUCCAGACUUUGACCCCUGGUGGACAAAUGACUGUGAGCAGAAUGAGUCGGACCCCAUCCCUGCCAACUGCACCGGCUGCGCCCAGAAAUUACCCCUCAAGGUGAUGCUCCUGGAAGAUACCCCAAGGAAAUUUGAGAGACUCCAUCCUCUGGUGAUCAAGACCGGACAACCCCUGUCAUCUGAGGGGCUUCAGCGUUUUUUGUGCCAGUACCCUGAGGUGACAGAAGGCUUCACCGAAGGGUUUUUCACCAAGUGGUGGCGCUGCUUUCCUGAACGGUGGUUCCCGUUUCCUUACCCAUGGAGAAGACCUCUGAACAGAUCACACCUUUUACGUGAGCUUUUUCCUGUGUUCACCUACCUGCCGUUUCCAAAAGAAGCCUCCUUGAAAAAGUGCUUCCUUCUUCAACCAGAACCUAUUGUGGGGAGCAAGAUGCAUAGGAUGCAUGACCUGUUUACCAUUGGCAGCGGCGAGGCCAUGUUGCAACUCAUCCCUCCCUUCCAGUGCCGAAGACAUUGCCAGUCCAUGGCGAUGCCACUAGAGCCAGGGGAUAUUGGCUAUGCUGGCGCCACCCACUGGAAGGUCUACAUUAUAGCCAGAGGGGUCCAGCCUUUGGUCAUUUGUGAUGGAACCACCCUCUCAGAACUGUAGGAAACAGAACUAAAGGAACAGGUUUGAGAGCUGAAGACCGGAUCGAAAGGGGGAAAAUAAAAACAAAAAACGAUGAAACCACUUUCCAGGGGUUGGUUGCUUAGUUACCUGCCCUGUGCAUGCGUGUGUGAGCCAGUUGUGUGCUGGAGGCAAAGGCCAGAGCCCAGCCCUCCCAACUCUUCCAGCCCAGCUGCUUGGCCAGGACUUUGCCAAUACCCAUCUGUGAGAGACAGGCCUCUUCCAGGCCUUUUGGCACCGAAACCUUGAGGCUGCCCUUCAGGCAGAGAGCACGGUUGAUACCUUCCCUCACUUGCAUGACAUGAUCCCCUCUGCUGGCUCCCUGGCCACGAGAGGGCAGUCACCAGGUCCUGACUUUAAAGCCAUCCUCUACCAGGUGGGCCUGCCUGUCCUCUCUUCCUGGUCACACCACCCUGUACUUUUUUUGGAAAGCCAUGGAUGAUUAAAGAAGUCAUUGCCGUUUCCCAAGCAGAAUGGAAUCUAGAACCAGUGAAAAAGGUUCACUCAAACUGCACUCAGGAAAUGCACUUCUUUCCCAGUGUCCAUGGCUCUUGGAGUAUCAGCGAUGCCAGGUCGGAGUCUGAUUGUAAUUGAAAUGGUAAUUCCUAAGGUAAUACUUGUCUCCAUUCUAUCAGUUCUUAUGCCUCUCCCCUCCCUCCCCUUCUCCCUUGCCUAUCUGGUUGGCUUCUCAGAAGUUGGGCUCCUGGUCCCCCUCCCUUGGAUGGGCCAGCGCCCUUUACUGCUGAGGCAGCACUGCUCUUGUCAACUAUGUUGCUUUUACCAAAUGUCUUCGGAGGGGGAGACGGUGCCUCCCCGGGUUUGAUCUUUAGGGUCCAACAUUCUGCAGGAAAGAUGUUUUACAGACGUGUCAAGCUGAUGUUGUAAUGUGGUUGGGGAAGGAACUCCAGACCCAAAGUGUUGGCCAGCUGGGCGUACGACUGUGUGACCCUCUGUCUUGAAAUGAUUUCUCUCUGUACUGGGAGCCAAGGUGAGGUGUUUUUAUUUUUUGUGAAAAUAUAAAAUUAUGUUCUUUUGA